CCACAUCUUCUGAUACCAUUACAGUCACAUCUUCUGACACAAUUACGGCCACAUCUUCUGAUACCAUGACAGUCACAUCUUCUGACACAAUUACGGCCACAUCCUCUGACAGCAUUACACCCACAUCUUCUGAUACCAUUACAGUCACAUCUUCUGAUACAAUUACGGCAACAUCUUCUGAUACCAUUAUAGUCACAUCUUCUGACACAAUAACGGCCACAUCUUCUGACAGCAUUACACCCACAUCUUCUGAUACCAUUACAGUCACAUCUUCUGACACAAUUACGGCCACAUCUUCUGAUACCAUGACAGUCACAUCUUCUGACACAAUUACGGCCACAUCCUCUGACAGCAUUACACCCACAUCUUCUGAUACCAUUACAGUCACAUCUUCUGAUACAAUUACGGCAACAUCUUCUGAUACCAUUACAGUCACAUCUUCUGACACAAUUACGGCCACAUCCUCUGACAGCAUUACACCCACAUCUUCUGAUACCAUUACAGUCACA